AUGGAGCAGGCCAAGGACAGAGUGGUGGCUCAACAGGCACAGCCCUUGGAAGCAGUCAACAAUAUAGCUAUAGCCAGAUAUACUCAAGUACGGUAUCAAGCACGGCCCACAGAUGCAGUCAACAAUGGAAAUGGCAACAGACGUGGUGAGGUAGAGCAACAGCCACCAAACUUGCAAGUGUCCACUAGUGCAGCUGGAGGCAGGCAAAAACUUGUAGGGCAAGCAGCACAACCCAUGGUAGGAGACUACAGAGUAAUUGCUGCCAGGCAAGAAGUGGUGGAGCAUCAACCACAGCCCAUCCAAGGAGCUAACACUGCAUCUGGGAGUAGAUCUAGAGUCUUAGAGCAACAGGUAGUGCCAGUGGAAGAACGCAACAACAGAGCUGGCACUGGCGGUAGGGAUGGAGACAGUCAUCUAGCACAGGCUGUGGGACGAGCCAUCAGUAGUAGCUCCGCCAGGGUUGGAAUUGAAGAGCAGGGGGCACAGCCAGUGCAAGGAUUCAACACAGAAGCUGUGAGGAGGCAGAGCAUGGGAGAGCAUCUUGCACAACCUGUGCCAGUGGAAGAACGCAACAACAGAGCUGGCUCCGGCAGUAGAGAUGGAGAUAGUCAUCUACCACAGGCUGUGGGACGAGCCAUCAGUAGUAGCUUCGCCACUGUUGGAAUUGUAGAGCAGGGGGCACAGCCAGUGCAAGGAUCCAACACAGAAGCUGUGAGGAGGCAGAGCAUGGGAGAGCAUCUUGCACAACCUGUGCCAGUGGAAGAACGCAACAACAGAGCUGGCUCCGGCAGUAGAGGUGGAGACAGUCAUCUACCACAGGCUGUGGGACGAGCCAUCAGUAGUAGCUUCGCCAGGGUUGGAAUUGUAGAGCAGGGGGCACAGCCAGUGCAAGGAUCCAACACAGAAGCUGUGAGGAGGCAGAGCAUGGGAGAGCAUCUUGCACAACCUGUGCCAGUGGAAGAACGCAACAACAGAGCUGGCUCCGGCAGUAGAGGUGGAGACAGUCAUCUAGCACAGGCUGUGGGACGAGCCAUCAGUAGUAGCUUCGCCAGGGUUGGAAUUGUAGAGCAGGGGGCACAGCCAGUGCAAGGAUCCAACACAGAAGCUGUGAGGAGGCAGAGCAUGGGAGAGCAUCUUGCACAACCUGUGCCAGUGGAAGAACGCAACAACAGAGCUGGCUCCGGCAGUAGAGGUGGAGACAGUCAUCUAGCACAGGCUGUGGGACGAGCCAUCAGUAGUAGCUUCGCCAGGGUUGGAAUUGUAGAGCAGGGGGCACAGCCAGUGCAAGGAUCCAACACAGAAGCUGUGAGGAGGCAGAGCAUGGGAGAGCAUCUUGCACAACCUGUGCCAGUGGAAGAACGCAACAACAGAGCUGGCUCCGGCAGUAGAGGUGGAGACAGUCAUCUAGCACAGGCUGUGGGACGAGCCAUCAGUAGUAGCUUCGCCAGGGUUGGAAUUGUAGAGCAGGGGGCACAGCCAGUGCAAGGAUCCAACACAGAAGCUGUGAGGAGGCAGAGCAUGGGAGAGCAUCUUGCACAACCUGUGCCAGUGGAAGAACGCAACAACAGAGCUGGCUCCGGCAGUAGAGGUGGAGACAGUCAUCUAGCACAGGCUGUGGGACGAGCCAUCAGUAGUAGCUUCGCCAGGGUUGGAAUUGUAGAGCAGGGGGCACAGCCAGUGCAAGGAUCCAACACAGAAGCUGUGAGGAGGCAGAGCAUGGGAGACCAUCUUGCACAACCUGUGCCAGCGGAAGAACGCAACAACAGAGCUGGCUCCGGCAGUAGGGAUGGAGAAAGUAAUCCACUUAGUGCCAGGCAUAGAAAUGCAGAACGAGCACAGGCUGUGGGACGAGCCGUCAGUAGUAGCUCCGCCAGGGUUGGAAUUGUAGAGCAGGAGGCACAGCCAGUGCAAGGAUGCUGCUGUCAAGCUGUCGCUGGACGAAGCAUAGGACAGCAUCGUGCACAACUUGUGCCAGUGGAAGAACGCAACAACAGAGCUCUCCCAUGCUCCAGCAGUGGGGAUGGAGAAAGUAAUCUACUUUGUGACAGGCAUAGAAAUCCAGAACGAGCACAGGCUGUGGGACGAGCCAUCAGUAGUAGCUCCGCCAGGGUAGGAAUUGUAGAGCAGGGGGCACAGCCAGUGCAAGCAUCCAGCAGUGACGCUGGCAACAACAGGCGGAGCACGGGAGAGCAUCGUGCACAACCUGUGCGUAUUGCCAGGCAACAAGUAGUACUGCAACGCGCACAGUCCAUGAGUGCGGCCAACAGGAGAGCUGGCACCAGCAGGGGUCGUCCGAUGGAUGGGGGCAGGUGGCAGCUUCCUGAUUCAACAGUCGAUGAGAACAACAGGCGAAUUGUUCAAGAGCCUCCACGCGGAAUGCACUGGCUUCGCACAUACACUGAUAAUGAGGCCGAGGGAGUGGUUAUUGAUGGUAGCAAUCCAUCGCAGCGAAACCGCUCACAUGCUAAUGAGGCAGAACGCGAUACAUCUUCACCCGAAGUCGUCGUCCUCGCAGAGCUGCCCCCAACUCGUAUCUCAAGGGCCGUGGGAGAUUCAGCUUCCAGAAGCAGCAGCGGUAGAGAUGAACUUUCGCCCGAUGUCAUCUUAGUCGCAGAAAUUCCGACGGGACGUAAUGUACGGAUGAUAAAAGUCUUGUCGAGAAAAUGGCGAAUCAUCCGUCACUGUGCCAGUUGUCAAAUGUGUCCUAUAGAGAUGAAAGGGUCAAGGACAAUACGUGGGCUGAGAUUGCCAGUGAAACUGCAAAAACAAGCUAUCUGCCCCAAUCAACAGCAACAGCAAAGCGAGGCCCAGCCAAGUGGCUCAGCCCAGCAAGGCAGUUCAGCCCAGGCAAGUUUCUCGCCUCGUCCAGGUUGCUCAUACUGGGAAGAGGGCUCAGCCCAGCCAGGUUGCCCAGUCUCAUCACGUGCCCAUCCCCAACCAUGCCACUCGUCAUUUUCAUGUGGCUCUCGCCGACCAUCAGCCCAGGCAGGUGGCUCAAGAUGGCCAAGUGACUCAGCUGAGACAAGUGGCUCAGCCAAAUCAGGUGGUUCGAGCAAAGCCAGUGGCUCGUCUGAGUCAGAUGGUUUAAACCAAACCAGUAGCUCAACCGAAUCAGAUAUAUCAAGUCAAACCAAUGGCUCAGCUGAGUCAGAGGGUUCAAGUCAUGCCAGUGGCUCAGUUGAGUCAGAUGGUUCGAGUCGAACCAGUGGCUCAGCCAGCUCAGAUAGUUCAAGGCGAGUCAGUGGCUCAGCCGGGUUAGUUGCUUCAAGCCGAGCCAGUGGCUCAGCUGAGUCCAAUGGUUCACGUCGAGCCAGUGGCUUAUCCUGGUCACAUGUUUCAUCAUCACCCAGCGGAUCAGCGUCCUCAAGUGGAUCAGCCAGGUCCUCUAGAACAGCACAGGCGGGCAACUCUCGAGAUGCAGACUCAUUCUCCGAGGACACUACUUCAGAUGACUCAUAUGAUGAGACGGACCUGAGCUCAAGAGUUCCUUCUACUGACACUCGCAAAGGUCAAAUAGCGUUUUUGAGGAGGCGUGACAUAUACAAAGGUAUUGACUUCUACGUGACACAAGUUUAUGAAUAUAAGGAACUUAUGGACUUGUCCAGAAUUUUUGAGUUGAGCUCAGUUGAUGAGGACACUGAUAUCGACAUGUACAUGCCAGCGGGGAAUGAUUCUGAUGAUGAAGGGGAGGAAAGUCAUGCUACUCGUGGCCAGAUAUCAUUUUCACAAGGUGCAGAGGCUCAAUUUAACAUAAUAUCAGAGAGUGAGUCUGAGGAGGAGGAAGAAGAAGAAGAGGAGGAGGGGGAGGAGGAGGAUUCUUCUGAUGACCAGGUACCCACUGGCAAGAAAAUGAUUGUUAAGCGUCAGAGGCCAUCAACAAAUGGUCGUACAAAAAGGAAGAAGAUUCAAGUGAAGAGGAAAUCACAAGCUGGACGAAAGAAGAGAAGGAAAAUGUGAAAUAGUUCACAGAUGAACACAUCUUUCUGGUUUAUUUCCUUCAAGAAAUGAUUAUCUAACUUAAAAAGAAGUAUCUAUAUAUUUGGUGUGCCAAGUUAUCUUAUAAGUAUAAGCAAAGAAGAAGUUAUAAUCAUUCAUCAGCAAUGUUUAUGCAGUAUUCAGAGAACCAACUAUUAAGAAUUGUCUGUUUUAUAUUAUUGUUAUUAUUCACAGAAUUAUCUGUGUUAAUUGUGAUGUUGCUAUAUUGUGUUAGUUGUUAGCAAUAUCCCAACAGUACUGUAGUAAGCUAGUGUAAUAUGCUAUUUAAUAUGUAUUAUUGGUGUCUGUCAUCUGCAAAAAAUGUAUUUCCUUUACAGCACAAACAUCAACUGAUAAAUGAUGUGUAUCUUGAUUCACACUUAUUUCAUCAUCUCUGUGCCGUCAUCAAUGGUAACAUAGCGAGAGGUGUAGAAAUCUAUUUGGAAUAGAAGCUAAAACAAAUUAUUUUCAAAUGGCAUAACAUUUUACAUGAUGUUUUACCAUGGCACAAAAAGAGUUAAUCCUCCUUCAUACAUUGAUUAAUUAUGUUACCACAUAAUGUUUGUGCUAUGAUGGAAAUGAUUGUCCUGUAUUUACUUAGUAGAAAUGUAAUUUUUUUAUAGAUAUCAAUAUUAAUAGGCUCAUAUUAUAGCUGUUAAGUUACUUCUUAUUAAUAAGUUCAUGUUGGUCAGUUACUUUUGGUGUCCGCACUCAUAAUCAGAAUCACAUAUAAGGAAUCUGCUGAAAUUUUUCAACGUCUGGGCUGUUCCUACUGUUGUAUGUACAAGGGAUAGAACUGGAAUUUUUAAAAUUCAUAUUACAAGGUCAUUUUAAUGCUCAUUGUAUCUGUACAAGACAGUACCUACAUAUCUCCAUGAGUGGUGAGAAGUUAUUACAAGAAAUUUUACUAUUCUUCUCAGUAAAUCCGUUGUUUCAGCUGUGUCAUCAGAUGUGGAACUAUUUUUGUAUAUAGAUCUCCACACCAACAGUCUUGUAUAUCUUUGCAGAGACUGACAUAAAUAGUUUGUGGAGUAAUAAGGUUUCUGAGUCGCAGUUGAAAAGGUAUGGGAACUUUAGUUUUUGAACAUGCUAUUGUACUACAGAAAUAAAGAUCAAUAGUUAUGAAACUGUACACUUUUGAUAUCAUAUGUGAAAAGAAAUUAACAAUUUCAAACUUAUCAAUAUAUUUUAUGUGAAUUUGGAAUACUCAAAACAGCUAUUUUGAAAUCAUAUAUGUCAUAUUUUGGACUCAUUGCUCUGAGACACCAUUAUGUGAUUUGUUUCUUAAUCUUAUGUAUUAAUUAUGUAAUUCCUGUAUAUUUUGAGUUUAUAUGUUUUUUUGUGGUUACAUUUAUAAUCAUUUCUUCUUUAUCACUCUAUGUUAAGACAAUUUUUAUGCAGUUUUCGUAAAUCAUGUCUCUUUCUUGAAUAACUUGUUCCUUAUUUUGACAUUAACACUUUAUUUAAUUAUUCUGGAACUGGAUGAUUUCACCAUUUUGCACGUUAUUGUUGUCUAUCAUAAUAACAAUUAUUAUACUUACAGUGUAUUAUGAUCCACACAGCUGUGUGAAACUCUUCUUAGGGACAUCAUCACAUUUAACUUUUUCAUCACUCUGCUGUGUGGGUUAAAUAUGCUGUAAGCAUAACAGUUUUUAUUGUAAUCUAGCUUGAUAGUGUCCUCAGUGUGAAAAUAACUACCUGUCUAAUGAUGAAAUAAAGUGCUUAUUGCGAAAUAAAAGAACAGCCUACAUAGAAAAAUCACUUCCUUUAAGUAUAUUAAUAUUGACUCAUAUAUACUGA